AUGGGUGUUGUAAAUGUUGAACAAGAAAGAAUUGAAGAAGGAGCUGACGCAGUAGCUGUUGUGGCUUUAGAACACGUAUCAGCUGAUAUUAGAAAAGAGGAAGAUAAAGGUAGCAGUCACAAUUCCAAAGCAAUUAAUGUUGAUUACAUUGAUGAAUCUGAAGUACUUAUUCCAGCUGAUCAAUGUUAUCAUAUAAAUAAAGAUGAUUUCAAAGUUCCAUUUGCAUGUGGAGCUAAGAAUUUAGGUGAGGAACACAAAUGUGGCAGAAGCUGUAAAUCAUACGAGAACCGUUACAAAUGA